GUUCCUUGGUUUUUACGGUUGCGGAAACGGGCACAAAGCAGAAUCAGCGCGAGGAAACGCUGUUUUGAGAUGUUCUACUACGUUGGCUAUGUGUUGAAGAUUAAGUGGUUGCGGAAAAAUCCAUGGGUGCAGAAUUGUCUCGCUGAAUUUCGCGAAUGGAAGGCAGAAAUCGCUAGAAGGUGGGACAAUGUGGCGAAGUUCGUUCUCAUCAUCCGAUGGCUUACACGUGUCAUCCGCCGACGAAGAGGCAUUCGGAUAAUAGUCAUACGUGUAAGGGGGAAGACGGUUAUUAGAAGGGAAGUAGAGGGGAAAUCGCCGACAAUACUUGUUGACCAUAGUUGUAUUUCUUCAAGGAGAAUAUCUGGGAAGACGGCCUCUUCACCCGGUGCUGGUUCAGUUGCGG